AUGGCGUCGCUUAAUCUCUCGCCUGAGGAGGUCAAGAUUUUGGAAUCGAUUAGACAGCGGUUGGCGCAGGUUGUGAGCAGCUUGCAGAAGUUUAAGGAUGAUGUUGUGGUGGGACAGCCAUUGCCUCCAGCAUCCUCCAUCCAAGCCUCAACGACCAUCAUCCAAGCAAACCUCCGCACCCUAACCACCUUCAUCGCCGAACACGCCACCCUCCUCGAACGCAUCGCUAUCCACCCAGCCACAAACUUCCCCGGCCGCCAACAAGAAGCCAUCCUCCUCCAGCUCCUCCGCAAAAAACCCGAGCCCUCAGUCGAAGAGCUCCUCGACUCGGGGCGCGAGACGGCCAAGCGGCUAGACAACGGCGGAGACGGCGUAGCGACGGGGGCGUGGAAGGCGCAGCGGGCGCUGUGGCGGUGGGCGAGGGAAUAUUGCGAUUCGAGGGUCGAGCAGUAUGCGAGCGAGGAGACGCAUCAGGUGUAUACGGCGGAGGAGAGGGCGUGGGGGAUUGAGAAUGUUAGGACGGGGCUGAGGAGGGGGAUGGAUGAGGAGGUGGAGGAGGAAGAGGAAGAAGAGGAGGAGGAAGAGGGAGGGGAAGAGGAGGAGAAGAAGGGGGAGGAGGUGAGGAGUGCGAGGUUGAGGCUGGCGAGGAAUUCGGUUGUGGGGAGGUUUGAGGCGCCGCCUAAUGCGGAUUGGGAGAUGAAGAGGAAGAUGGGGGUGGGGAGGGUGCCUAUGAUACCCGACGGAGACGAUGGUCAAGCGAGAGAGAAGAGCGAAUCCGAGCGAGAUGUGCCGGUCAUUGGCUUCCGCGCUGUAAAACGCGUCUUUUGGGCUUCUGUGAUGUAG